AUGAACACGCAGGACCCCUGCAGGAAUGGCUGUAUCCAGACGCCUGGACUGGCAGGGCAUCACGGGACGAUCGCCGGCGUGCGGCCCCGUCCUCGGCCCGCGCGGCCGCCUCUCCCGGACGUCCUGCCAGCUUCAGGGCCGGCCACGUAUUUGCGCGUCUUCAGCCUCUCGUCUCCAGCACGGCCCCCAGGGAAGGAUCCGCCCGCAGGAAGCGCCCGGGAGCAGGCGGACAGCGGAGAGACACCCCCCGCAACGCGCUGGGGCCCGGGGUGUGCGGAGCAGGAACGUGAGGACGCACCAGCCCCAAAGCACACCGCCUUCCUGACCGGCUGUGUUUUCACCUUGACCUCCUCCUGGUCCCGAAGGCGUCAAGACCCUUCUGAAAGGUCGAAUCCUUUGGGCCGUCACCUCCUUCCUGAAAUGAACGUUGCAGGUGGCGAGGGCGUCACGUGGGUAAAACCGCGUCCCCCCAAGAGUCGCCUUGACGUGCUAACCCCCGUGCCUGCGCCCCUGACCUGUGGGGAGUGGGGGCUUGCGGAUGGUCUCUGGGGCGGCCCUGACCCCCGACAACUGGGUCCUGGGAGACGAGCAGACGCGGAGGACGGAGAUUCCUUCCUCGGCUCUCUCGACCCUUUGUCCUCUACGGGCCGCUCGGGCGGGGGGGCCGCUCGGGCGGGGAGUCCGCGGGGCCGCGCUCCCGGGUCCCCAGAUCAGAGCCGCUCCUUCUUCUGCACGGAAGCCCCUCCGACCACCCUCAGAGCAGCACGGCCACUCCCUCCUGCCGAGUGGACACCAAGCGGAGUGGCCUUACGCUCGGAGGGUGGGGUGUCGACCCGUCCACACGCGCACCCACGGCUCUGUGCCGCACGCACCGCGAGCCACACGUGGGAGGCGGAGCGGACGGGGCAGCAGCAUGACCGCGUCUGUCUGCCCGUGUCUGCAGCAAGAUUCAAAGGAAAGAAUCGGGGUGAAGAAGAAGCCAGCGGGGGGCCUGGGGGCCGACACCACCCCCCACAGCCCACGUCAGGGCCCCUCUCCUGGGGGGUCCGGCACGGCUCCCUGCCCAGAUCCUUCUCCGAAUGGGGGGGCUGUGCCCGGCGUGCCCCCGGCAGCCUGUCCCCAGGCUCCGCGCCCGGUCUCUCAGCCUCCAGAGCCAGUCAGGACCUGGAGUCCACCCUGACCGUGGUUCCCCUGCUCCUGCCGGGACUCCUCCCUGAUGUGGGGCCGGGAGCCCCUCCUGCAGAGCCACGGGAGGACAGACGGGUCCCGGGCAGCAUCUCUGCCCCGGAGGCCGAUGAGACCCACCCCCUGCCCUGCUCCCGGCGCCCUGCCCAGGAGCCCAUCUGGGAGGCCCCCUCAGGGGACGCGCGGCCCCAGGACGCGUCCAAGACAGCGGCUUCAUGCAGAGCUGCUGGGGUGACCCACAGGGCAGGGACGGCGGGCCAGGGACUCCUGCCAGAGACGGUGCGGGGCGAGAGGCCACGAUGCUCUCGGCGGGCUCAGGUCUCAGCCCGGGGCGCCUGGCAGGGGCAGCGACGCCGGAAGCUGUUCCAGCGUCUUCUCGCGUCCCACACGGGAGACCCGCGGCAGCGGGGUCGGAGCUGGGCCGAGGGCCGGGUCCGCGGGUCGGGGGGCCGGGGGCGGAGCGCCGAACACGGAGGUGAGUCGGGGGGUCCCCAGUCCCUCCACAGCCCUCCCCGAGGGGUCACCCCAGCCCAGCCCCCGACCGAAGGCACAGGCCGGGCGGAGGCCAGCACCCCGGGCUGCCAGCUCCCCGGGGAACCGCCCGCAGGCGUGGGGGGCGGAGGCCUGGCCCGCAGCCCCCCCCCACCCUCCAGGACGGCACCCUCCGGCCCCGCGGGGGCGGCUCUGCGACGCCCGUGUCUGCGGCUGCUGGAGCCCUCGCGGACACGACCCCCUGCUCACCCCUUUGCUUGCUUCGGCCCCGUGCCUGCUCUCUGCGGCCACCCUGCAGACGUGAGAGGCGGCCGGCGCCCGAGAGAGGCACUGAGCCGGGCACGGACCGCGGCGUCGCUGCUGCCCCGGCCCUGCCGCUUUUACGCUCGGGGCCCCGAGGAGGACGAUGCCACAGCACCGUGGCAGCGGGCAGGUCCUGCUCUGAGGACUGCCUCCGCCCCGGGGGAACACCCUGUGACUCACGGUCCCUCCGUGGCCCCUGGGGUGAUGGUGCCGGACCGGCCGCCUUCAUUCCAAAGGCAGGCCCCCGGGGCCGAUUUGAGUGGAGGUCCGAGAACGGGGGUGGGGGGGCAUCCCCGGAUCCACCACAAGCCCACCGCGCGGCCAUCGCUCCCGGACCCGCAGCGAUACCAGCGGGACGACGCCCCACCCCCGUGUCUGUUCAGAAAUUCUAUCUGCCCACUCCCCUGCGGCCCGCGGGAACAGCGGGCGGUGAUGCAGCGGGAGCGCCCCCGACUCUGUUGGGAGAGGGAGGCCCCGCCCACAGAAGCAUCUGGAAGGUCAUCCUCUGACCUCCCGGGAACGCAGGGCCUCCUGGAGGACGGGCCCAGGCCACCCCCCGCCUGGCCACCCUCAGCACCCGGCCUUGAGUGUCACCGAGAGUCCCCUGGAGCAGGGCCUGACCGCCAGGGGUGA